CCUAGUGUCUUCUCGCAGGCCGGCCGGUCGGGUGGCGGCGGUGCCGGUGCUGUCAUGGGUUGCUGCUUCUCCCGCCGCGGCAAGCCGGCCCAGGACGGGCAGCAGCAGAAGCAGCAGCAAGAGGCGCCGGGGGGAGCCGGCCAAGAUGAGGCGGCUGGAGAGGAAAAGGCGCCGCAGUACAGCUGGGACCAGCGAGCCAAGAUUGACCCCAAAGAUUACACAUUUUCUGGACUUAAAGAUGAAACUGUGGGCCGGCUGCCUGGAAAAGUAGCAGGACAACAAUUCAUCAUUCAGGACUGUGAGAACUGUAAGAUCUACAUAUUUGACAAUUCUGCUACAAUCACUAUUGAUGACUGUGUAAACUGCCAAAUCUUUUUAGGACCAAUAAAGGGCAGCGUGUUUUUCCGUGACUGCAAAGAUUGUAAAUGUAUAGUGGCCUGUCAACAGUUUCGCACUCGGGACUGCAGAAAGCUGGAGGUAUUUUUGUGCUGUGCUACCCAGCCCAUUAUUGAGUCCUCCACUGGUAUGAGAUUUGGAUGUUUCCAGUACUAUUAUCCUGAGCUUGCUUUACAAUUUAAAGAUGCUGGACUGAGUAUCUUCAAUAACACGUGGAGCAACAUCCAUGACUUUACCCCUGUGUCAGGAGAAAAUAACUGGGGCCUUUUGCCGGAGAAUGCUGUAGUCCAAGAUUAUGUUCCUCUGCCCAGCUCUGAGGAGCUGAAAGCUGUCAGAAUUUCUACUGAUGCCACAAGGAGCAUAAUACCAGUAACUCGAGGGCAGAGACAGAAAAACAGCGAUGAAUCGUGUUUGGCUGUGUUUUUCGCUGGUGACUACACAACUGCAAAUGCCAGGAAGUUAAUUGAUGAGAUGAUUGGUAAAGGCUUUCAACUGGUACAGACUAAAGAAGUUUCCAUGAAGGCAGAGGAUGCUCACAGAGUCUUCCAGCAGUGUGCAUCAGAAUUCAUUUCACUCCUUGAAAAAGGUCCAGUGGUUGCUUUGGAGUUUAAUGGAGAUGGUGCUGUGGAAGGAUGUCAAAGCAUUGUAAAUGAUGUUUUCAGUGGGACCAAGGUUUUUGUAUCAGAAAGCAAGGCAUCAGCAUCUCAAGAUGUAGACAAUUUCUACAACUUUGCUGACAUGCAGAUGGGAAUGUGAAGUUUAACAUGAAGGUGUUCACGUACGGUUUGUCUCAGCACUUGGAUGUCACUUGGCUUGAAUGUUGAAGUAGUAUCUGAGAGGUUUUGUCAUUUGGUUUUGUAUUUCUUAUAUAUCCUUUUAUAAAGCUAUUGGUGGUUUUCAUACUGCAUUACAUGAACUGGAGUAAAUGGCAUAGCUUCCAAUGUGUGUUGUGUUUGAAACUUACUUUUCAACUCCAGAGACAAUGGAGGUUUUCUACUAACUUUUUACAGUGAUUUCUAAACUUCUGUUGACACUUGAAUAUUCCUUAUCAACAUCUAAUGGUAAUACACAUUGGAAAAAUGCAGUGCUCAUACAAAUUUGAUACAGUAAUAAUUGUUACCUUUAAUACAGACAUGUUGUUAAGAAAGUGCAUUUAUGUGAAACUCGCUGCUCAAAACUCCCACGUGCAAAUUUGUCUUCACUGGGGGCCGGGGAGGAAGCUGUAGUCGUUGACUUUUUCUGAAUGCCUAUUUUGAAAUGAAUUCUCCUUGCAGCAUGCUUUCAGAAGCAGUGCAUGACUUAUAAAACGUACAUCUGUCUUAUUCUGCUUCACCAUCUUUUUUGAGUAGUUUGCAGCAGUAUUUAUGCCAAGAGCUAUCAUAACAGUGUUGUGGUGAGCACUUGGCAGGCUCUUCUGCUUUGAGAUGAAUUCUGAGCAUGAGUGCUCCACUGAAGGUGCUCUAAGGUCCACUCAGGGUCUCUGGUGACACAACUGCCUCUGGUAUUCCUAAGCCAUGUAUGGAAUAUAAAUGAGGCUCCCUGGGACUUGGAGCAUUAACUUUCUGGUGCUGUUGUUUGCUAGAAGGGCCAUAUAGCAACCAGGAGUCAGAGAAGGGCUGUGAUGGCAUUAAAAGAGUUCUUUCUUGCUAGAUCCCCAGGGGAAGGGUGUUACACUCAGUAGUAGUACUGAAAAUUUGGCUGCAAAGUACUACAUACAGCUAUAGGGUUUAUUUUGUGUUGAUUCUUAAAACAGACCUGAGAAGUGCUACUAGCAUUUUGGGAGAUACAUUUGUUCUGUAAGGAUGCUUAUUGCUGUAUAGUACAUAUUAGAAUGCAAACCUAUAUGAAUAUUAAAUACAUGAUUGAUUUAUUUUUGUACAUUACAUCCUUACUGAUUUUUCUACAUGUACUUAAAGCUUAUGUCAAGGUUUACAAGCCCUCUGUAAUACUUGAACAGUUUGCAUGUGCAGACACACAAAACCAAAUUUCUUAAUUAAACCAGUAGCUUGCCCGUUUAUGUAGCCUUUAGAAUCCAUUGAAUGGACUGGGGCUGUGUUGAGCUGCUAAAGCAAUAAUUUCCUUGUUAUGAUCAUCUGUCACAAGGGAAGAUGUUGUGCAUCUUAACUGAAAAUGAGUUUUGACUCCUCAGUUUGUGCUUAAGCUCCAGAAGUGGGUGGCAAAAAACACAUCUCUCUAAUUUUUUAGAAUUAGCACAUGAAAGAAUGUGUUGUCCUGAAAUCUGUGAUUGUCAUGCCCAGGAGACAUUCUGAGCUGUUGUUUUAUUGCUACUAGGCAAAUGCCUGCCAUUAGUUUAAAGAGUAUGUCCUUGGGACCUCUUGUUCAUGUUAUCAUAGAUGAAAUAAGGAAGAAUAUCUCCUGAUAAACCAUUGGUGUUCUGAAGAUAAGAAACAUGCUCACUUCUGGGAGAUGCUUUUAUUUGGCAAAGCAAAAUGAAAUCAAACAGCCACCAGAAUUUGACUGGUAGCAGAAAUUACCACUUAUUUGCCCUUAGCCAGCCAGGAUUUAAUUUUCUUUAUAUAUGUGUGAGGAGAGGCUGUGAAAAUGCCUAAAAAUCUUAGAUCAGUCUCCAAAGUACUAGCACAACUCAACAAACACUUGCUGGGAUUAAUCUAGACACAUACAGUAAAUGUAUUUUUUUUAUGGACAGAACAUUGUGUCAUGUACUUCAGAACUAUCAUUGUGUAAGUUGUCUAAUCAGUGCAUAUUGGACCAUCUUGGUCUCUAAAUUUCUACAUAUAAUACUUCCAAACUUAUAUGCUGAGGCAUGGUUAUAUGUAUGUUCACAGUUUAUUUUUUAUAUCAUUAACCUGCUCUGGAAACAAAAUGCUGAAUUGAUUUUUGUGACUACUUUUUCUGGGGGACAGGAUGAUUAGUUAAAAAUUAAUCUAGGCUAGAAUCAGUGGAAAAACUUUUUAAAUGCUAGGAAAGAGCAGGAUAUUGCUUUUUUUAACUUUUUUUACCUUGAUAGCCUGCUUACCAAUCUGAAGAGUUUUUAAUAAAAACCCCCUAAAUAAUGAAGGACUUUAAAAAUCCAAUUAUUUAUCUUUUGAUUUCAGUUUCUUGCUAACAGGUGUUAAGAACACUUCUAGCUUAAGCAUCAGGUAUUGUAUGUAUUACAGAAUGGUAUGUGCUCCAUGUAGUCUUUAUAUGUUUGUUGUAUAGCUUUUAUGUAAUUUGUAUUGCACUGUGAAUGUGAUUCAUAAUAAACAUUGUACAUACAAA